AUGAAUUCCAAGACGUUGGAAAUAUUAAAUUUGAUGGAUGAGAAAUCCUUUAAAAAGUGCGAGAAAUUAAUAAAUGUAGGACUUAAGAGUAAAAAAAAUGAAAGAGUUUACUUAUUAUUAAAAUGUUUACUACAUUCGUAUUUAAAUGAAAUAAAAGAAUGUAAAAACAUUCUAAACAAUAUAGAUUCUGAUGAAUUAGAUGAAAAUAUGUUUUAUAUAUUAGUAAAUAUAUAUAGUAAUAUAAAUGAAGAAGUAAAAUUAAUAGAUAUAUAUGAAGAUGUAUUAAAAAAGGUGGAAGUUAAUAAAAAUAAUAAUACUAAUUUAAAAUGUGUAAAUAAAAAUAAAAUGGAUUCAGAAAGGAUAUUAAAAAAUUUGUUUGAUUAUUGUUUAAAUAAUUGUUUUUAUAAAAGAGGUAAUCAAAUAUGUUUAAAAUUAUAUAAAAGUACAAAUGAUAGUAAAUAUUUAUUAUAUAAUAGUUUAUUAUUAUAUAUGAAUAAUGCAGAUAAUAAUAUUAAUGUUUAUAAUUUAUGUUUAAAUUUUUUAAAAAAUUAUCAGUGUUUAAAUACUGAUAAAAUUAUUGAAAAUUUUUCUUUUUUUUUAAUAUUAUUUUUUUUAAAUAUAAAAAGAAGAAAGUUUCAAGAAUGUUUAGACAUAAGUGAAUAUGCUCAUAAAAAUGAUUAUUUAUUACAUCCAUUACAAUAUAGUAUAUAUAAAUUAUAUACCUAUCUAAUAUUUAAUCAAUUGGAUAAGUGUAUAGAUAUAAUAACAUAUUUAAUUAAACAAAUACCAGAAAAUACAGAUUAUUAUAUUUUAUACAUGGAUAUUGUUAUUCAUUUAUUAAAUAAACAAGAUGAGAUGAUAAUACAUCAUUUAGCUUAUCAAAAAAAUGAAAAUAAUAUAUUUCAUAAUUAUAAAAAAAAUGAUUUAAUGUAUAUAGAAUUUUGUAAAAAGUGUUUUAUUAAUACAUAUAUUAAAAAUAAAACAAGUACAAAAUUUAUUCCUAUGGAUAUAUCAGAUUUUUGGAAGAAUAUAAUCCAAACACAAAAUGGUACCAUUCAUUACAACAAUGAUAAUAAUAUGAAUAUAAAAAAUAAUAAUAAUAUGAAUAAUAUGAAUGAUAAUAAUCAUGAUCAUAAUAAUAAUCAUGAACAUAUUAAUAAUCAUGAUCAUAAUAAUAAUCAUGAACAUAUUAAUAAUCAUGAUCAUAAUUAUCAUUAUUAUAUGGAUGAUAUAAUACAAGAAAUUAUAGAUGAUAUACUUUCCAUAUAUAAAAAUGUAUAUAAUAAAAUAUCAAAUUAUCAAUAUAAAGAAACUUAUAAUAAAAACAUACAAUAUAAUGAAUCAGAAUUUUUUCAUAUAAUAAAUAUGUUAGAUAAUAACAUAAAGAAUUAUAAAGAAGAUAUUUCAUUGAUAUAUAAAAAUAUCAAUACCAUUAAAGCAUUUCUAUAUUUCUUAUUUAUAUUUAUUUUAAAAGAAUCUGAAAAUUAUCAAUUAUUAUAUUAUAUCAAAAAUUAUAUUAGUUUUCUAAAUGAUGAUAUGGUAUCCAUAUUAAUAAUUUUUAUAACAUGUAUGAGAAAUAUUGUCUAUUCAUUAAUUCAACAUGCAUUAAAAAAUAUAAAAUCAUCAAAUGAUAAUCAUAUACAAACAAAUACACAAACACAAUCUCCAAAAGAAACAGAAGAAAUUAAAUAUAGUAAAAGAAAAAUAUUAAACUAUUAUAAACAAAUAUAUAAUUUUGAAAAGCUAUUAUAUAUAUUAUAUAAAAAUGAUGUACCUAAAUCAUUCAAUAGAUUAUUAUCCUUAUAUUAUGAAGUAACUAAUGUUGUAAUUAUAACAGAUGAUAAUAUGGUUACCUUAUUAGUGGAAAUGGCUUUAUAUUUAGAUAAAUGCAAUGUAUAUAAAACAAACAACCAUUUAAGUAUUAAUAAAAAUAUUUAUACUAUGUUUUCAAAAUUUUUUGGUAUACAUGAUAUGAAGAUGGAAAUUAGUGAAUAUAAAAGUGUGCAAGAUUUUUUAAAUUUAAUUGAUUAUUCAAAUGAAGGAAUAAAUAACAAUCAUAUGAAUGAUAUAAAUGAUAUAAAUAAUGUGAAUAAAGUGAAUGAUAUGAAUAAUAUGAAUAAUAUAAACAAUAUGAAUUGUAUGUAUAGUAUAAACCAUAAUGUUGAUCAUAAUUAUAUAAUGUCAAAUAAUUUUUCUUAUAAUAUUUUAUCAGAACCAAAUGAUAUAGAAAAGAAAAAAAAAAAAAAUAUAUCACAUGAUAUAAAAUUAAUACAUAGAGGAUAUUAUUUGAUUGCAUUAAGUUUAUUAAAAUAUGCUCAUCAAUAUAAUAUGAAAUUAACAAAAAAUAAUAAUGAAGAAAAAAAAAAAAAACCAGUAUUAAAUAAUGAAUAUAUAAAUGUAUUAGUAUUAAAAAUAUAUCUAAAUAAUAUUAUAGGAAACUUUUCUAAUCUUUCAAUGAUUACAGAAAAAUUAAAUAUUAAAAAUAUACAACUCAUAACAUUUUCACCAAUAUUAUUUAUGCAUACAUAUUAUUAUUCUUAUUAUGAUACAUAUAUAGAUAAAAUAUUAAAAAAUAUAUUAAAUUAUUAUACUGUUCAACAAAGUACUCUAAAAAAUACCAUACCGAAAUGUUUUCAGAAUAAUUCUUCAUUUAAAAUUAAUGAAAUUAUUAAUUCUUAUUUUUUAAAUUCAUCUAACAUUAUGAUGUAUUAUAUAAAAUUAAUAUAUCUAUUUAAAAAACAAAUUGAGGCACAAAAAGGAGUUUUCCAUUUUCAUCUUUUUAGCAGUUUGAAAAAUUUCUAUUUAAGUGACCUUGAACAUGUUACUAAGUUUCCAAUAUCAAAGGAAUAUAAUAAUAAUAAUAAUAAUAUUAAUGGGAACUAUAACAAUAAUAUUAUUAAUAAUAAUAAAGGAAUUAAGGGCCAUGCACAAAUAAAACUUAUAAAAGAUAGAAAUAACCAAAAUAAUAAAGAUAGUCCAACUAAUAAUUAUAGUUCAACUAAUAAUUAUAGUUCAACUAAUAAUUAUAGUUCAACUAAUAAUUAUAGUUCAACUAAUAAUGAUAGUUUAACUAAUAAUGAUAAUUCAAUUAAUAAUGAUAGUAAUUGUUAUGAAGAUACAUUAGACACUGAUAUAAAUGAACCAACAAACAAGGAAGAAAUGAAAUACACAAAACAAAAAAUAAUUUUAAAAGAAGAUAAUAUAAUACAAAAAAUAAUAUUUGGUGAAAAUAAAAAUUUCCCAUUAUAUUUAUUAAUUAAAUUAAAUAAUGAUAAUAUAAAUGAAACAUAUCCUUUUAAAGAUUUAUAUUCCAAAUUGUUAUUAAAUAAAUAUCAUUUUUUAAUUAUAGAUAAUCAAGUAGUUUUAAUGAAAUAUAAUAUUCCAUCAUUUCAUUUUUCUUUUUAUAAAUCUUUUGACACAUUCUUUUUUAAUAAUAUAUUAUAUGAAUCAUUAGAUGAUAUUGAUCAUUUUCAAUAUUUGAAAAAAAUUAAAGUAUUAACACCUUCAGAAGUAUGUGGAGUACAUAUGAUAAGAGAUAUAAAAACUAUAUAUCCUAUGAUAUUCUUAUCUAACUUUUAUAAUAAUAAAGGAAGUGUUCAAAUAGCUAGUCACGAACAUGUAUCUAAUAUAACAAAAAUAACUGAUCUAUUUGGUAUUCCAUCAAUUAGUACUGACAAAUAUUUCCAUUGUCAACAUGAUGAACAUAUGAAAAAUAUUCAUAAGGACUAUACUAAUGAUUAUACAAUUCAUAACUCAUUAAAUUAUAAAAAUAAAAUAUGUGAAUGUAAUAGUGAUGAUAUUGUCUCAUAUGAAAAUUUAAAAAAAUAUGCAGAUUAUUCAAUAAAAUCACAUGAAGUCAACUUUUACACAAAUCCUAAUACAUACGUAUCCUUAGAUAAAGAUAAUUACAUUUAUAAAAACAAAUAUAUUUUUAGACAGAAUAAAUAUAAUGAUCAAUUUAAUCAAUAUUCAAAAUAUUCUCCUUUUGAUAAUUGCUUAACUGAUCUUUUUAAUUAUCCAAUACAAAUGAUAUAUAUAAAUUCUAUUAUACUCAAUACAAUUACAUAUAUAUUUCACAAGGCAUAUUAUUUUAAUACAUUCCAAGAGGAUAAAAUAAAAAAAAAAAAACUUAAGAAAGUAAAAUGUGCAUAUUCCUAUUUGUUAUAUAUUAUUUAUUAUUAUGAAUUGACUGAAUAUGAAAAGGAACCUAGUGAUAAUAAUACAGAAUUGUUACCUAUUAAUGCCAAACAAAAUAUUACUAAUGUUAAUAAUUAUAUGGACAUGAAUUAUAGCAAUAUUAUAGGUAAUAAUCAUCACAAAAAUGAAAAUAAUAAUAAUAUGAAUAAUCACAUUAAUAAUAAUAAUAAUAGUUGUAAUAAUCAUAUUAAUUAUAAUAAUCAUGAUAAUUGUCAUAACGAUUUAUAUGAAUAUUCAGAUCUUUUAUUAGAUCAAAAAAAGAAAUGUACAGUCAUCAAAAAUAAAACUAACUAUCAAUAUGAUUUUAACCAAUCAUUUCUCUUCAAUGAAAAAUUAGGAUACUACCCAUACAUAGACAAUCAUGAUAAUUUACAAGCUGCUUUUCAUAAUGAUAUAUAUACAUAUAUUUCUUGUAUGUAUUAUAAAUGCUCAUUAGCCAUUAUACAUAUGUACUUAGAAAUAUUAGAAGACAAAGAUAUAUAUGAAUCGGUUAACACUAUACAAUCCUUAUACAAUGAUAUAUUUAUAUAUUUAUUCAAUAACAUACAUUAUUAUCAAAAGAUAUUAACUAAUGAUAAUUCCUACCAGAUUAUUAAUUUAUCUUGUUUAUUUAAACAUUAUAAUUAUCUUGUUCACAAUAUUACCAUCUUCUCAUUAAUAAUACAAUCAAUAUAUAUGGAUAAAAAAAAAAUUACUUCACACAAUAAUAAUGAUAAUAUCAAAAAUUUAGUCCAUACACAAAUUAAUUUAUUAACAACCUUAAAUCAAAAAUUAAAUUCCUUGUUAAAUAUUCUAGAGAAUUAUACCUCGCAAGCAACUGUUUGCCCUUCAUUCUUACAGAACUCAGAGCAUGAAGUGGUCAAAGAAAUCACCUUGUUUUAUAAAAACCAUGUUACUAAUUUGUCUAAUAAAAUUAAUAAUAAAAUUAAUAUUAUCAAAGGUUAUGCAUAG